UACACUUGCCAAUUUCCAACUAUCUCACAAAAUAGUACAACCUUAUGUAAGGGUAACCAAAAGAAAAACUUUAAAUUGGCAUUAAAACUUUUGAACUUUUGGAAAUGGGGGCGGUGAGGGGUUCAACGAGGGAGUAAGUUGGGUCAACGGCAGCCCAUUAAAUAGAUUGAUGACCAGGCCAACCGACUUGGGAACUAUGUCAAUUGAGACAGUAAACUGACGGAAAGAAGGUUACAAGUUGCACCCAAGCAGGCGUAGUACAUAAAAUCAGCUUUGUGCCAAAUCAGUUCUAUUAUUUCCAUACAAAAAUGUCGGAGCAAAAGGUUGAGACCACUGGCUUUGUGCCCCAGUACUUUAUAUUGCUGCCCCGAAAGAUCAAGAAACUAUUGCUAUAUCGCUUUUUUUUUGCUACAUUACUGUGCUCAUGGUUGGACUAUCAGAUGCUUGCGAUUUUCUUGUGCAUAAAUUUAUUUGAGGUGAGACGACCUCUGCUUUCCCUUAAAGAGAUAUUAGGAUGGACCUUGUUUUCAGUCUAUACCUCGAUAAUGAUGUUGGUUAUACGAAUGUGCAUGGUUGGUUAUGGUUUGAUGUUGUGCCACAUACAUUAUGUCAAUCCCCGAUGCUAUCCGAACAGAAUUUUGCGUAUAGUCAAUGAGCUCCCUAUACGUAUUUGCUUAUUUUUAUCGAUACUCUCAAUAAGUAUAACAAGCAGCUGGUUAUAUGCGUCUUUUGUGGAUUUGGUAUAUGGAAAUUAUUUGUUAGGCGGAUCCUGGUACUAUCUAAUGACGUUUGGCUGCUUUAGUGGAACUUCCUAUUUCCUUAGGCAUCAUGGAAGAUGUUUAAAAAGAUUCCCAUUGCCCAUGGUUAAUCUGGAUAUGAAGGAAUGCCUUCUCCAAAUGUGGUGUGACCAAUUGAAGCUAUCUGGGAAGAAAGCAUUUGUUCCAGCCUUAAUAUUUGCCCUGAUUUACUGGCCAUGUAUGGGCUAUUACGAAACUACUGAAAUAAAAGGAGUCAUUACUGGAUUUACUGUGAUCAUAAUGCAACCUACACGACUUUUCAAAGGUUGGUUGUUAUCUACAUUGAUCCUGGCUAAAUUACACAUGGUGCAGGAGGUUUUUGGCUUGAUUAUGCAGCGACAAUUAGUGUUAAUUAAUGAUUCAAGACGCCUGCACGAGUAUUUGGACAUCAAUCUAUCCAAUCUGAUAUUGGCUCGUUUCCAAUAUUUUCUCUGUAUGAUGAGAAUGAAACCUAUGACAAUGGAUAAGCAACGCUUUACCCUUUCCCUACCAAUCGCCAUAGCUCUGGAUACCACGGAAAUGUAUGGCUUUCGAUUGCUAGCAGCCCGUGAUUUUUAUGCCGCCAUGUCGGGCAGUUUAUGUAGUGAAUUACUGAAUCAGCCAUUGGAUUGUAAGAGAAAUCGGAGUUGGAGUGAGUUGCGUGAUGUUAUACUGGAAACGGUGGAUGAUUUUGUGGUCAGAAUGGAGUCCUGUUUGGAGACAGCUCCUCGCAUAAAGAUAUGUAGUUUGCUGAAACAUCGGAAACACCGUAAGCCGGGAAUUCGAUCACUGGUUAAACCAACUGCUCCUCCACCACCACGACGUCGAUGUGGAUGUCUUCCAAAAUGUCAGCCACCCGAGGAUUGUUUGUGUUUCUAUAACCUGGGAAAGCAUAUAUACGAAAGAACACUUAGCUUUUGGAAUUGUUUGUUGCUUAGAUUACCAGGCAUUCUGCAGUGGUAUCGUUAUUUUUACGACCCAGAUCCUCUGGCAAAACUCAACCAUGAAUUGCGAUGUGGAGAACCUUUGGUUUGGGCCCUUCAAGGACUCGUUUGCAUCUGCGUGAGAUCCAAAAAAGAAGACCGUUUUGGAUUCAUCCAAAGCGAUCUAAGUCGAAUUCUGGCAUGUUUAUUAAAGGUGGAGGAAAAGUUAAUCGCCGCCGGGGAAAGGCAGGUGAGGGAGCGAGUAAAACUUUGCUCCAGUCAUGAUCUUUUAAUUAUGGCCGUCAACCGAUGUUUGUACAAAAUGCUGUUCACAUUUGGGCCGCAUUUGGAUUUCAUUAUAAAUAAUAUUACGUUAAGGGAGAACUUAUGCCACAGGAUGAAGUUGCUGCCCUAAGAUUUUUAAUUUGUUUUCUAAAAUUGGAUUUUUUUG